CUUCGAUGAGCAAUUAGUGUGUGGGUAGCCCUAGGAACCCUUCAAUCCUUUUCUGAUUAUUAUUUCUUGGCGGCGGCGGCCAUGGACGAUGCGGCGGCGGCGGCGGCGGCUUGCGCAUCCAAGAAGAGGAGGCGGAAGGAGCCAGUACCGCAAAAUCCCCCACCGAGUACGGAGGGAGGUGGAGAUGAUGCGAAUCUCGACCUCAUCAGCCGCCUCCCAGACGAGAUCCUCGGCACCAUCAUCUCUCUGCUCCCCAGCACCAAGGGGGCCGCCCGGACCGCCAUCCUCUCCUCCCGGUGGCGCCACCUCUGGCGCUCCGCCCCGCUCAACCUCUCCGUCGACUUCGUCCCCUACGUGCAAGAGCGCGACCAAAUCGCCAACAUCUCCAAGAUCCUCGCCGCGCACCCUGGUCCCGCCCGCCGCCUCUCCUUCAGCGAGUGCGGCCACAUCCGCCUCCGCCCCUCCCUCUAUGACAGCUUCGACGGCUGGUUCCGGUCCUCCGCCCUCGAUGGCCUCGAGGAGCUCGACUUGUACGGGAACGACAACUGCCCGCUGCCACUGUCCGUGCUCCGCUUUGCGCCCACGCUGUGCGUGGCCAAGAUAUAUUGCUGCGCUUUCCCUGAGAUUGAGGCUGCUGCCCCCGCGCUUAGCUUCCCCCGGCUGAAGCAGCUCAAACUCCACAGUGUCUCCAUCUCAGAGACGACCCUCCACCGCCUGCUCGCCGGCUGCACCGCCCUCGAGGCCCUCCAGCUCCACCACAUCAGCGGGCUCAGCACCGUCCGGAUCGUCUCGCCGACUGUACGCAGCAUUAGUGUCUCUGGUUCACAUUCCAUCCUCUACAAUGAAGAGGUGUUGCUGUUCAGUGAGCUUGUCAUCGAGGAUGCACCUUGCCUUGAGAGAUUGAUUCCAUAUGAUGUACCUGGUCCGAGGACAGUCAGGGUCAUCGCCGCUCCGAAAUUAACAGUGUUGGGCUGCCUGUCUAGAGAAAUCUCCAACCUUGUGAUUGGAACCAUUAUUGUUAAGGACAUGAUCCCCAUCAGCUUUACUGCGGCGGUGCGCACAGUGAAGGUCUUAGCUCUACAAUCUAUCGGCCUCAAUCUGAAUGCAAUUGUUGGAUUCCUUAGAUGUUUCCCAUGCAUAGAGAAGCUAUACAUCCAGUCAUGGUAUGGGAAGGAUAUGAAAAAUGAGCUGCAAUAUGGCGCACUUGAUCCUAUUGAAUGCCUUGAUCUCCAUCUCAGGGAAAUAGUACUGAUGGGCUAUCGAGGCAACAGAGCAGAUACCAACUUUGCCAAAUUCUUUGUUCUGAAUGAAAAGGUUGUCAAGGUAAUGAGAUUUGCUGUCUAUGAGGCUAGUGUCUACAGUAAGGGGCGGAUUUCUGAUUCCUCAAAAAGGAAAUGGAUGGCUAAUCACCGCACCGAGCUACAACUGGAUAAGAGAGCUUCUAGAGGCGCGCGGUUUGAUUUCAUAAGAAAUUCUGUUGCUCACGGUCUUCACUACAACAAGCACAUACAUGAUAUGUGGAUGUCUGAUCCCUUUGAUAGCUCAUUAUGUAAAUGCUGUUCUAGGGUCGUACCUUUCCCAUGAUGUGUCAGGGUGGAAAUGGAGACAGUGGCGGCCGGUUUGAUGCCCUUUUGAAGCGAUACUAUGUUGUUGUGUCUUUGUUCCAAACAUUAUAGGGUCUGAGCUACCUUUUGGUUUAUAAAACUGUAAUGCAACCUGGGAAUAUUAGCCUAUCAAUAUCAUCAUGUACUAGAAAUUUCAGUA